AUGCUGCGAAGCCGGAGAGCUAUGCAACAACGACAGCAGAAGACGACCAGAGACACGCAACAGACAGACGUUGACCACGCUGAACCGAACAGGAUGGCGACAACGAAGAAGCCGGCAGUGCCGCCAUCGGGCGUAUGGGCGCCGGCGGUGACGCUGUUCGACCCGGACACGGACACGCUGCUGCUGGAAGACCAAAAGCGGUACUUUGGCUAUCUCGCAUCGACGGGGCUGGCCGGGCUGGUGGUGCUGGGCACAAACGCAGAGACGUUUCUGCUGACGCGCGAGGAGCGGACAGCACUGCUAGCAGCGGCGCGUGUGGCCGUAGGCCCCGACUUUCCCAUCAUGGCCGGUGUCAGCGGUCACAGCACGGCGCAAGUGCUGGAGUACAUGGCGGACGCCAAGGCGGCCGGUGCCGAUUACGCGCUGCUGCUGCCGCCGGCAUACUUUGGUGCCAAGGCGAGCCCGCCGGCGGUGGUGGCGCAUUUCUACGACGACGUGGCCGCAGCGGCACCGUUGCCCAUUGUGCUGUACAACUUCCCGGGUGUCUGCAAUGGCGUCGACCUGGAUUCGGACACGGUGGCCGGCCUGGCUCGUCGCCAUCCCGGCGUCGUGGUCGGCGUCAAGCUUACGUGCGGCUCUGUUGCCAAGGUCGUCCGUCUGGCAGCCGAGCUGCCACCUGACAAGUUCGCCAUUUACGGUGGCCAGGCCGACUUUCUCGUUGGCGCCCUCGCUGUCGGAGCCGCUGGAUGUAUCUCGGCCUUUGCCAACAUCUGCCCCAAGACGGUCGUGCAGAUCUACCGUCUCUGGACCGGUCACGCCAGCCGCGCCAGCACGGACGCCCUUCGCCACGACGACAGCCGCUCUGCCGAUGUCCGCUCUGCCGACCGUGCUGCCGCCAUCGCCCUCCACAAACAGGCUGCCCUGGCUGAGCGCCCCUGCAAGAACGGCAUCGCUACGACCAAGUACGCCGCUGCCGUCUACACAGCUGGCCCGGCCGGCAUCGCUGAUGCCGUCGCCAAAAUGCGCCCUCGCCGGCCGUAUCUGGAGCCGUCCGAGGCGGAGAAGGAUCGCUGUCGGGGGCUGUUGGCCGAGAUGGCCAAGGUCGAGGCCGCUCUGUAA